AAUUUCUUCUAAUAUUAAAUUAAAGGAUUAAUUAUUAGCCAAAAUAUAAAAGAAAUGAUAAUUGCCCUUUUAGUAAUUUAAAGUUUAGGGUUAAUUUUAGCAAGUGAAGCUGCAGAUUGUUCUCUCUUUUUAACUUAGGCAAGUUGUUAGCAUAAUAAUAGCUGCAAGUGGGUAUAAUCGAAUAACUAAUUAUGCCAAAAUUAAGUAAAUUGCAGUCUUUUAAAUAAUCAAAAUGAUUGCAACAAAAUAGAAAAAACUUCUAAUUGCGAAUGGGUUUCCUAUCCUAAUAACUGCAACAUUCUCGCAGAUGCUUGUCAGUUAAAUCAAGAUAAAUCAGCUUGUAAUUAUCCUAAUUCAUGUAUUUAUAACCCAGUAAAAUAACCAACUUGCACUCCUAAAGGAAAUACAUUUAAUUGCAGUUAAAACUAUGACAGUAAAACUUGUGCAAGUAAGCCUCAAUGUUUAUGGGAUAAUGCUGCUUGCUAUACAACAAAUAAGUGUGAAAAUCUUUAAAAAACUGACUGCAAAUUGGCAGGCUAGGGAUCUGUAUAUUGUAAAUAUGUUAUUAAAGAUUGCGCCCUUACUCCUAAGGUAGCUUAAGCUUGCAUGCAAUAAAAUAAAAAUUAACAAACAUGUUAAAAUGCAGGUUGCGUAUGGGAUACUGGUACUGCAGCUAAAUGCGUACCUCCUAGUUCUGAUAAAUGUUAUGCAGUAAUACCAACUGAUGGUAGUGAUCCUCACUGCAGUAUAGCUAAUGAAAAUGUAUGCAUAUCUACUUCAGGUAAAUGCUAAACAUUAAAUGAUGUCUGCUCAUAAAAAGUGGGUUAAUGCGAUUAAACAGAUCUAUUUUGCAGCUCAUGUGCUGAUAACAAGGAUUAUUGCGACGUUGAUACUUGUGAACAAAAAAGUGAUUUAUGUUAAUAUACACCUUUGAUUCCUCAAUCUUGUGAAAACAAUUAAAAAGAUAAUCAAUGUUUGCAGCAAACUUCUUUUACAUCUUGCCUAUCUUUAGGAUAUUGUGAUUAUCAGACUGACCACUGUAAAAGUACUGUAGACUGCACAUUAUAUACUUAAAAUUUGUGCUACUAGUAAGAUUUUUGUAAUUGGUCAAAUGUUUAUUCAUGCUAGUAAGUUUCAAUUCCUAUCAAUAGCUCUCAGUAUUUGAGCUCAGCCAUUAUUUUAAGCAUAAUCUUAACAAUCUUCUUAUGA